UGGCUGCGCGCGCGCCGUCCAGUUCUAUCAGUCAGUUCUCUAGGUCAUUUCUAUACGUUCGCGCGUCUUUUCAUUAUCAAAAGUAAUCAACGAAAACAAUCUCGUCACAUUUGAAUAUCGAAUAAAUAUUAUUUUUAAUUUUGUUUUUUACCCGUCAUUUAUGAAUGUUUAACGAUUUAAACGAAUUUAAUAUUUUUGGUGUUAUCAUAUCACGAAACAUUGUAUUCGCAGUGUAAAUAUUGUGAUUUGAACAGUGCAGUGAUAUUGGUGAUAGAAAGCAAUGUAAAUGUAUGAAAGUGCUAUAUAAGAAAAAGACAUUGCAUAAGUUUUAUUCUGGAAAACGACUUCCACGCAAACAGAGCAGCGAGCAAAAUCUAAAGCACAAUAAACCUGAAACCUUGCACAGUUCGCACAUCUGCAUAUCGCGUUGUCAUUGUCGAAAUGACAGUUUAAUUUUGAAUAUCGAAUGCGAGAUGGGAAGUGGCAUCAGCAGUCAAAAUAGUAGAAAACGGCAGGGCCGGAAAAAGGAGCCACCGCCUAACGCAGAGUCUUCUAGAAUAUUGUUCCUGCUGUACCUUAUACAUAGAACGUGGAAUGUUCUAGUCGAACACAUGGAUUCUAAAAGCGCAAGAUGGCGUGGAUCCCACACAGUGCCGAGUUCGGGCGAGGGUAUGGUGAGGAGAUUCGAUUCCAUCAGCCUGGCUGACUCCGACCUCGGCUCCUGCUACUCUUCGUGCAGCUGCAGCUAUUGCCGCCUGAGGGAAUGUGCCCAGGAUUGUGUCAGUGAAUUGACGUUGCUGGAAGGUAUGGCAAACAGCGGGGGCUGGAGCGAGGAGCCUGUCUCCAAGGAUAAGCAACGUCCGCCAAUAUACAAUCCAGAAGAUUACGCGACAUCGCUUAAGAAAUGGGGGAAGAAAGCGGGUGGAGGACAUCUUUACGAGCUGGACUUAGGACAAGAGAUUAACAAAUCAAGGACCCUUCCAAAUCCGAAUAGCAAAGACUUCAGGAACCCGUGUAUGAACCUCGGAGAGGAAAUGAGACUGCGCCAGUUCGGCACGCCAAGCGAAUUGUUAACAAAAUUACGAGCAGAUCUCAGACUAUCAUUUCCAAGUUUCGUGCAAGAGUUCGCAUGUGAACCGCUAGAUGGAAUCACGUUACUGCUAGAACUCCUACGCAACGUCCAGCUCAGUCAGUCAGGAGAGGGAAUGCGCGGACCACCUUCAGUUAGACGGAGACCACUCCUAGAUGAGUUGGCAUGCUUACAAUGUUUAUGGAGUUGCUGCAGCCGAUACCCUGAUUGUGUGAGAAGGCUAGUGGCGGCUCCGAACGGUGUCUACACAUUGACAGUUUGUAUCAUGUCUACAGUCAACAAGUCCAGAAUACUGGCUUUACAACUUCUGACAAAAUCCUGCUACCCACCAGCAAACGGUCACAGUAUGGUCUCAGAAGCCCUUUCAACUCUAAGGCUACGUUACGGCGAACCAGUCAGAUUCAGAUUCCUGGUAGGAAUGCUGCAAAGUUCUGGUGGAAGUGGUGACCUGCAAGCAGCUGGACUUGCCUUUAUCAAUGCUCUGCUAAUCAGCGCCCCCACACCGCAAAGAAAGCUGUACAUCCAGGCUGAGCUGGAGCAGGCUGGAUUCGACAUUGUUACUUUGAAAAAGAUGGUCGCAAAAUUGCAAACACCGAACGAUCAAGUUAUAUCAGAAAUAGAGACCUAUGAGAAACAAUUAAUAGACAUCGAUACACUAAGUGAAAAAGCUAAUGAGGCACAAAAAGAGAAAGACGCGUUAAGAUGUAAACUGGAACUGCUAGAGAAAAGAGUCAAGAUUCUACAAGAAGAAAAAGGAAUUUUACUGUCACUGGAGAAAUGUUUAAAAGAAAAAUGCUGUGAACUUCAGGAAGAGGUUUCCACACUUAGAUCUGAACAUGGUAGCUCAAACAGAAAAAAAAGCUUUGUUAUGAAGAAAAAAAACUCGGUUCAUAAAAACAGAGAUGAGUCAUCGCCACCAGAAGACGAAGGUAUCAGUUCAUCGGAAAGAUCUCUAAGUCCUGAAGGUGAUCCUCAAAGAGAAUCUAUGAUCUACGAAGUGUUUAACGUAAAAAAUGAAACUUACGACUUGAUGAGAAACAAGCGAACUGUGCACAAAAAAAUAGAAAACAAUAAAAAAAAUAAUGAUCAUAAAAAAUCAUCGGAUGAAGAAGAAGAGACCACAAUAGACGAAGUAAUACAGGAACUAAGAAAUAUAGUGAAUCAUGCGGAAAUAGAGCAUUACGCUAAAGAUGCAUCAGAAGACAGAUUAUCUAGAUGUAAUCAGACCUCAGAAAUCAACGUCUCUCUGAAUACUCGGGAAUGUCAGAAAAAUCAAGAUGAUAAAGAAGAUUCAGUAACGAGUACAAAACAUAGCAUAAAAAUAACAAACACUGAGGAUCUCAAUGAAGAUAAUCUUGACGAUGAUCAUGAAAUUGAAAUUGUUCCGAGUAAAAUUAUACCACAUCCUCCCAGGAAAUCCAAGAGUCUGUUACAUUUAUUCGCAGCACCCAUUGAUCAAGGCUUGUUGUACAAUAAACAAAGACAGCUAUACGACGAUAACUUUUACUCUAGCGAUGAAGGAUCCGAUUCUUUACUUAGUGCGUCCCGUUACCAGAAUCAAGUCAGAAAGAAACCUUCCCUAUCUAGUUUCGAUUUUCGCGAAUGCCGAGCUGUAUUCAAUUCUACUGUCGAUAAAGAUAAGCAAGAAAAUCCAAUAAAAUGCUCCAGAACACGGUCGAGGGAAGAAACCCGAAGAACGUCCGUCAAAAGAAGUGAAUCUUUUCAAAGUUCUGAAAAAGGUUCUCGCCAACGUGAAUAUAUUGAUAGCAUGUUUUACAACGAAACAAAUAGUUCGCCAAUCGGUACAACGCCACAAAGGUCAGAUUCUAAGUGUAGCCGAGUAGACGAAAUAAUCAAUUUAAUAGAAUCAAAGAAGUUAACUAAAAGUCUUGAUAGAAUAGAUGAAGGUUUGAACUCGAUGGUCGAUAUUGUUAUGCUUUCCGAUUCAAAAAAAUCUGAAUGGUCGUACGAACGGCGACAAAGGUCUUGUUCCAGAACAAGCAGUGACGCUGGAAAAGAAUCUCCUGUUAUUCCAGUGACUAGAUCAAACAGCAGAGUAACAAGUUUCCAAAGAUACGAGUCCCGAACGCUAAGUAACAAAAAUGAACCUUUAAUGAACGGUGAUUCUCAACAAAACUUUUACUCAAAACAUGGGUCUGCCACUCUCGAUAAUCAAGGGUUUAAUAGUUCCACAUUUUUAAUCAGACGUGGGCACAGUAACGCAGGUUUCUACUCUGGAACUAAUAUGUUACGGGACGCACCUGCUAGCAUGACAACACUCGUAGUGUCAGGUACACACAUCCAUACAGAUUUAAAAAGAACACUUUCUCCAAUUGGUUCUACAGGAAGCAAAUAUGGAACUCAUAAAGUUACAGAUAUGCCUUCAGGAUUGUACUGAAUGCUGUUUUUUAUCAAGUGUAAUCAAGACCAACGACUAAUUUAAGUAUUUUUAUAUUAUAACGUUUUUACUAGUGCAAUAUAGUCGAGUUAGGAAACUAAUUGAUUGAUAUACACUCUACAAGAAAGGUUGAUAUUAUUAACAAUAAUUGUUGCCUAUUGUACCGCCAAUUCAUAGACCUCUAGUAAAAUAUAAUGGCAUGCACGAGACCUACUGCAAGAUUAUAUUAUAUUCAUAGAUACCUAAAAUUCCAAUUUCAAUAAUACUUUUUGUGAUUAAAUGCUUAGAUUCUGUAAAGUUAUGCAUCUACUGAAAUUUGAUAACAUUAUUCAAGUGCGAUACCCAAGUACACACAUGAAGCUAUAAACUUGCAUAUCUAAUAAUUAUAAUAAUUACAUAAUCAACCUUUUUCUCUGAGUGUACGUACCUUAAUGUUAUUUGUUUAACAAGAUUUUAAGUGUAAGAUUUCACGAAUCAAUUUGUGUCUUGGUAAUUUUGUUUGUAGCAAAAUUGGCUUAAGAUCACGUGCGUUCCGAAUGUUGCCAUUUUUCAAUUUUUAAUUGAGGAAAAAUGCGGAAUGCAACUUGCUAUAUUCUUUCAUAGAUUUCCAAGAAAUGUUGCAUAACUGAUGGGGUCGCAAUCAGUUCGAUACUAUCUGUACUUAGAAACGAAAGAAAUAUUAAGACAGAACUUUAAGAUUUUCUUGACCCAUCACAAUAUGCAUGUAAAAGGUUGUCUAUGUAUUGCUGCCAUUCUUUUUGUUAUAAUUCGUAAUGCCUUGGCGAAUACUUGCCUCUAUUGCAAAACUGGCCUUUAAUAAUUUGUGAAAUAUUUUUACCAUACCUACCCAUUUGCAAAUUGUAAAUAAUAAGUUACCGAUCUAACUAAAACAUCCAACGAACCUUCUUUUAAAAGAAUGCCAACCUUUUAAUGUAUUGAUUAAUAUUUAUAAAUAUUUAAAUUUACGGAAUACAUAUUUAAAUCUUACCUUUAUGUUAAUAUCAGAAGAAAGAUGACAAAAUACCCACGAGUCAAAAGAAAGUAUCUAAAAUUGUAUGUAUUUCAAACUUCAGCAUGGAUUUAUUGCUCAACAAUAACUAUGUAUAAUUUGUACCCUAAGUUAUUUUACUUUUGUGAAUCGAAUUUUAUGCUAGGUACGGUAUAAACUACACCGAAACUCUUUGUAAAUAUUUAUUUUGUUUAUUUUCAUUAUCAUUCCCUCUCUGUAUUAUUAUUUUUGUAUUAAAACAUUAUUUACAUAAAUGUGUUUGAAUAUUAUAAUAUAAAUUUAUCAGCAUUUACCUACUAUCCAUAUUUUACCAAGUCUAGAUAUCUGUUGAUU